AUGGCAGAGCUGCUGGGCCGCGUGGAUGGGGCUUCCAAGGGCCUGGGCGGCAGCAUGCACCUCUAUAAGAAGGACCACAACUUCUAUGGCGGGAUCGGCAUUGUGGGGACGCAUGUUCCGCUUGGAGCAGGCAUUGGGCUGGCGCACAAGUACAGGAAGGAUGGCCAUGUGUCAUUCACGCUGUAUGGAGACGGGGCUGCAAACCAGGGCCAAGCCUACAACAUGGCGGCCCUGUGGGACCUGCCGGUGGUGUUUACCAUCGAGAACAACCAGUUUGGCAUGGGCACCAGCGCGCGGCGUGCAUCCAAGAACACCGAGUUUUACACCCGCGGGGAUUAUAUUCCAGGGGUCUGGGUGGACGGUAUGGACGCGCUGGCCGUCAAGACCGCCACCGCCUUUGCCAAGCAGCAUGCGCUGCAGCACGGACCCAUCAUCCUGGAAAUGGACACGUACCGGUACCACGGCCACUCGAUCUCAGACCCCGGCAGCACGUACCGGACGCGCAAUGAGAUCCAGGGCAUCCGCCGCGCGCGUGACCCCAUCGAGCACGUGCGCAACCUGCUCCAGGAGCACAGCUUCGCAGACUCCAACGAGCUGAAGAGGCUUGAGAACGACAUCAAGAAGCAUGUGACAGAGGAGGUGGAGGAAGCCAAGCGCAGUCCCCCUCCGCCCCUGUGCUACCUGUGGAAAUUCGUCUACAAGAAGGGCUGGGGUGCCAAACUGCGUAAUGUUGAGCUGGGCCGCGGAUUUAUCCAGCUGCCUUCAUAA